AUGGCCCGUCUAACCGACCUCUCCCCUGAGCUCAUCACCCAGAUCCUCGAAUUCAGCGACUGGCUCGCAUACCUCCAAUUAGCGCUAUCAUGCAGAUAUCUCGCGCACUGCUCGCAGAGAAUUAUGGCACGGCACCGCAAGUGCCACGACCUCUACAGGGCAACGUCGGACAUUUCUCCCAAGACGCUGCCGACGCUCUGUCGCGCUCUGCUGAAGGAUCCGGUUGCUAUCUCCCAUGUGUUGGCGCUGGAGUUUUGGGGACAGAGAGUGUCCUGGGAUGACUGGAAGCCGUUUGCUAUCCUACUUCCUAAUCACUCACGUGCCGAGGGGAGUGGAGGGACAGAGCCGCCGGGUGACGGGGAUAUUGCAGCGGAUGAAGAGUUCGUCUUGAAGCCACAUGAACUGGAUGCUCUCGAGAGGAUCAUGCAUGACAAGAUACGGCUCUGUGUUGAGGACUGCAAGAGUUGGAGGCAAAAGAUCGAGGAGGGGGAUGAUGGCGCCCUGAAGGGGAUGUUGGUCGCGCUUUGUCCUAACCUGCAGGCCGUGAGGUUUGUCAAGUAUGCUGAGCCGAACAGCGAGGGAGGUGACGCAGACGCAGACCUAGGCGUUGACGAAGAAGAUGAGGAGCUGUACCGACACCACCAGUCCAGCUUAGACUUCCUAGUCGCCGCAAUCUCAGCCCAGCACGAGUUUUCCUGGUCCCCUGGUCUCUCCUCGCUAUCCCGCAUCGCCGUGGGCGUCCCCUCCAGAGCCGUCGCCUCUCCAGAAUCCACAUACCGCAUCUUCUCCGAGCAAGCCCUCCCACUCUUCCGCCUGCCAAACCUCGACUCUCUCUACCUCAACGGCCUCACUCUCACGCCGGAGCAACUCAACGACGAGGUCGACGACCUCGACUUCGACACGCUCUUCCCCGGCUCCUCGCCCAGCCUGCACUCGCUCGUCAUCGAAGACGCCGCCCUCGCGGGCUCCGGCGACGCCGUUCCCAACCUCAUCGGCACCAUGAUAGGCGCCUCCCCCGUGCUGCGCCACGUCGCCUUCCAAGACGGCCGCGUGACCGGCUUCGACCUCGACCGCAUCCUGCCCGGCGAAGACAGCACGAUACGAAGCCUCCUCUUCUACGGCGCCGUCGAGGUCCAGGGGUACCGCAGCGAAAUGUACUACCCCGAGGAAAUCCACACGCCCGUCUUCACAGUGGACAUCAGCGACGUGAUGCUGUGCGCGCCGGCGACAGAGGGCAAGGGCGGGCCGGGGAAUGGGCUGGAUCCGAAGACGGAUGCUGUGGGGCGGUGGGGCACGUCGAGGAGCGAGUUUGGGGCGUAUCUUUGGGAGGUUUUUGGGGACAGGAUUCCGGAGUGGGAAGCGAUUGUGUUUGUUGCGGCUGAGCGGCUGAGCGAGGAGGAGGCGGAGAUGAUCGAUGAGGGGUUGGUGAGGUUCAUCAGGUCUGUUGAGAGGGGGAGGCUGUUUGUGGAGGGCGAGGACGAGGACGAGGAGGAGGACGAGGAGGACGAGGAGGAGGACGAGGAGGAGGACGAGGAGGACGAGGAUGGUGACGACGUGGAAGAGGUUGAGGAGGGCGUGGAAGACGAUGCGGACGCAGACAACCCUCCCGCGUCCCAGCAUCCACCCCGCGCCAUCUACCUCGAAGACAUCGACCACACCUCCCUCACCACGCCCCGCUGGUAUGCCAACGCCAUCCGCGCUGGUCAGCUCUCUGGUAUACAGGUCCACACACGCACCACGCCCGCGCCGCGCACGCACACCUCCUCCUUCCCCUGGCCCGCCUCAGACAAGGAGCUGCAGACGAGUCCGUUGUAUGGUACCCCGGAAGUAGCCCACUACCUGCUAAAGCCGCACAAUGGCCUCGUCAAGGACGCUUGUCCGAAUUGCGGAGAAUGUGCGACGUGUCUUGAGGUCAUGGAUGCAGCAGCGUGGGCGAGGGCGCGCGAGGAGGAGGGAGGGGCGGAGAUGGCGAUGGGGGAUGGGAAGGGAAGCGAGCUGGAGUGA